UUUUAUGCACCGUAGGACCUGCUGUGUUUUUGAACACCAUAGAGGAUGCCUUCCCGUAGCGAACUGAGCACAUAGGUUUAUAUUUCCAUUUGCUCUUUCUCUCUCCUCCAUAUUUUCUCUCUCUAUUCUCCGUCGAUCCCCUCUCGCCACCGCCUCCGAUCAAUACAACGUCGCCGUCAGCUGUCUCCAUCAUCUAUCUAUACGUGCAUACGCACUUCCACAACUAUUUGCAUUCCUUCAAAUUUUGAUCCAGCUGGCUUCGCUUCCUUUCUCGGCCACCUCAAGUUGCUUGUACGACAUUGACACUUUGGUUGAACAAUGAAUUCAAAUAUGUUGGCUGGAGAGCGAAGCUUGCAAUAAAUGUUAGCACCGGAGAAGUUUGUCGCUUCUAAUGGGAGAAUCAUCUGGGGUUGGUUGUUCCUUAUCAUUGGAGCCUUUUCUUUCUCAAGUUUUCUCUAUGCUGCUGUCAUAUCUAAGCUUCAGCCUCCAUCUCAUAAUGUUAUCAUCCGUGCCAUACAAAAUGACUGGUAUUAUUGCUUCUUGAUUCCCAUGACACUUCCAAUCCUUUUCGUUGCGGUUUAUUUUCAUUGGCUGAGUAUGAAGUUGUUCAAGCAUGCCUGAUCUUAUAACUCCCAACUUCACUCAGCAACUAUUCAGUAAGACCAGCUGCCACUGUCGUGCACAUAAUCAAUCACCACUGUGAAAUGUGAUGACGCUGUGUUUCUCUGUGGAUAUCGAGCUCCCAUGGUACAAGAAACACCCAAAGGUUGAUUGUGAAGAUUGAAAUUAGCAUUGGCUGUGUGUGUAUACCCAACGGUGGGGAUUACAAUUCAUACCUCAGCUGCAUCAAGCAUGGAAAUGCUGCAAAGCUUACUAGGCUAAUUUUCUUAUUACUUGAUCUUGUGUUUCAUGUUUUGGAACCCUUUUUGAUACGGUAACAACUCUCUUUAACAUAUUAUACAACAGAAUGGAGCAACAAAGUUUAUUCUUUAAUAGCACAAUGAUCUUAAUUGUUUAAUUAUACUACUAUUUCUUUUUUAAUGUAGUACUUAUUUGUUCACAUAAAACCAUGUCCUUGUUUGCUAGAUUUGAGGGCCAAAUCCAUUUCCUUGCUUCUUGCGCCAAACUGGUGUUCUUGUUGCCCAAACGAAUCACAGCUUUGUUUUUAUUCUUGAUCCUCGUAAGGAAAAUAAAAUUGCAAAAUAGUGAAGUUUUAUCCGAGUCCUUAGUCUUGCUUCCUUGCAAUUAUGUAUGCCAUGCUGAAGUCAAUACUAUCUUAAACAGAAAUCAUGCAUCUGCUGCACGGCAAGUCAGUCACUUUAUUUUCUUUGUUACUUUUGCUCAUUUAUUUCUAAAUUCCGGUGUACAAUUUCUGACUCUUAUGUACAUGAUUUACCAUACAGAGGCUUUACGUGACCAUGUUUCCUUGCAACGAAUGUGCAAAGAUUAUUAUUCAGGUGUUUCAGAAGUUAUCUACUAUGUGGAAAAGCAUCUGGAUAACCCGGAUGUUGCUUAUGUUGCUUCUCACAAGCUUCUAUCUAUGGCAGGCAUAAAAGUGAGGAGACAUGAGCCUCAGAUGGAUCAGAUCUUGAUCAAAUUCUAUGAAUUAUUGCCCAUCCCUCACAUCUGCUUUGGUACUGCUGCUAUGGCUUCUCAUAGGACUCCUGUUUCCAGAAACUAUGCUGCUGCCCCGGAUGCAGUGACAGUUCCUUUUGGUGAUAAUCCAUUGCACCCAAUUGCUGUCGUCCUUAGGAGAUCGUAUCAUGGUGGGCAUGCUAGAGUUGAUCAUCGUGGACGUGGUAAAGGGAAGUUCAAUAGUCAGGAAGCUGAUGGAUGGCAAAGGAAGCCUCUCAGUAAUGAUUCCUCAAAUGCAGUUAUAGCUUCAAACAAUAAUAAUGUUGGAGAGGCUUCUGAGAAUUCUAUGAUGUAUCCAGUAGGGAAGGUUGAGGGAGAUUUGGCUGAAGUAUGUGAUUCAGCUGAUAUUCAGGCACAGGAUGACAAGCAACGGUACCUUCAACUACAGAAGGAAGAGGAAGAACGAGUAAGGGAGCAGAAGGCCAAGGCUCUUGCUAAACUAGAAGAAUUGGACCGCCGAAAACAAGCAGGUGCAAACCAGAAGGCUGUGAGCCUGACACAGCAGUGCACAGUCAGGAGCUAUCCUCUUCUCUAUCCAGUGAGGAAUCCCAGAGCAAGGUACCUACUCAGUGGAAACCGAAUCGCAGAAUUCCAAAAAAUCAACAGGGACAUAGAUUUACAGACAAGCAUCAUGGUAGUGGUAGUGAUACCGUUGUUUGGGCUCCUAAGGCUAAGGCUUCGGAUGAAUUGAGUCAAAAUUCUCUACAUGAAUCUGCUAAUUUGAUGAAGAAUGACAGUUUGUCCUUUAUUAUA